ACACCAGAAGAAAUAGAAAAACUGACAGUUGACGAAGACCUCAGUGACAUCGAAAGGGCUGUCUAUCUGCUCAGUGCUGGUCAAGAUAUCCAAGGAACAAGUGUGAUUGCAAAUCUUCCGUUUUUGAUGCGACAAAAUCCUGCUGAGACGCUUCGGAGAGUCUUGCCAAAAGUCAGAGAAGUGCUCCACGUUGCGGGAGUGGAAAUGCAGCUAGCGGCUGCCGUGUCAUUUCUGACCAUUCUGCAGGAAGAAUCAGUGUCAGUUCAUGCGUACGCCCACUCUUUCCUGCAAGUCAUCCUGCUGCAUCUGGAGCACAGGGACACAGGUGUCAGCAAUGCGUGGCUGGAAACCCUUCUGUCUAUGAUAGAAGUAUUGCCAAAAGAAACCCUCAGGCAUGAGAUUUUGAAUCCACUGGUUUCCAAGGCACAACUUUCUCAACAGUCCCAGUCUCGUUUAGUUAGUUGUAAAAUUUUAGGAAAAUUGACCAACAAAUUUGAUGCCCACACCAUUAAAAGAGAAAUCCUUCCCCUGGUAAAAUCACUCUGUCAAGAUGUAGAAUACGAAGUUCGAUCUUGUAUGUGUAGACAAUUAGAAAACAUAGCUCAGGGCAUUGGGACAGAACUGACAAAAAGUGUAGUGCUCCCUGAAUUAAUAGAACUCUCUAGGGAACGAAGGCAGCAGCGUGCGACUUGCAGCUUUGAAACUUUGGUCAACCUGCUUGACGUAUUCGACACAG